CCUAGUGUGUGCUCGUCCGCCAAGAUGGUACAGUAUGAAUAAUGAACUUAGACACCGUGAUGGAUCCAGUUUCAAAACUUCAACCCAACCGUGCACGUGCGGCAACGGACUCCAUUUUUUCACAGCAAGGAACGCGACAGGAAGUAUUUCACCCUGCCACCAACAUUCGACGGGGCGGACGUUGAUAACACGACAGCCCUUGAGAGCUUCGCCAACUCCAAUCUCCACCGGAAGCAUCGACUCCGCCGCGAUCUGGAAGUUGCAACCUGAGGCCGCGGCCUUUCUCUUUUCGCGUCACUUUCCCGCAAUUGCGCAGUACUCGAUGGUCGCAAUCACAUCACUUAACUGAGCCUUUUCCCGGGUGCGGACCGCGUCAUCGCGGACUGCAUUGCAAAAUGGCUGCAUCGUUGACCAUCACGGAAGCGCAGGCCGAGCUCAUCAGCUCCUUGUCACAGGACGAUAUCCCCGCGAAGCUCCGAUGCGCCAUCUGUAGCAAGCUCGCGAUCAACGCCUUCCGCUUGCCGUGCUGCGAGCAGGCGAUCUGCGAGAACUGCCAAUCGACCCUACCCGCCUCCUGUCCGGUUUGCGAACAUUCACCGCUGUCGGCCGACGACUGCAAGCCGCACAAAGCGCUGCGCACGACCAUCAAGGUGUUUCUGCGGACCGAAGAGAAGAAGCGAGAGUCGAACAGGCCGAAAGACACCGCUACUCCCAUCACACCCGUGGAUCCCAGUCCCGUCUCGGCCGCCGCACCGGCGUUGCCGGAACCAGCACCGCAGGGAGAAGGAACCGAAGCCAUCGAAGAACAAAAGCCAUCCGCAGCCGAGCCGGUUCUUGAAACCACCCCCGCCCCUACGCAAUACCAAGAAGGCAAGGAAGCAAUCCCUGCGCAGGAAGAGGCUGGGACUGCGGAAAAGGCUGUGGAUAAUGCUGAGCAGGCACCCGCCGAUGGAGCAGGAGGCGAACCAGAGGCAGAUCCCUCGACUAACUUGAUCCCAGCAGAACAAGCUUCGGAGGUUGUUGAGGCUGGCAACGCCGAGGAAGCAGAGCAAGGAGAUGAGAAUGGCGACGGCCCUCAAGGGAACCCCGAUGGCUCCGGCGGAGCUGUUACUGAUGGCGUGGGCGGGACCUUUCCGAUGCCUGGGUUUGCCCCUGGACUCGAUCAGAUGCAGAUGAUGAUGGCCAUGCAAAACGGGUUUGGCAAUUUUCCGAUGAUGGGCAUGCCAGGCAUGAACAUGGACCCGAUGACGAUCCAGAUGUACAUGAGCGGGGGCUUUCAAGGCAUGGGCAUGAACGGCAUGAACAUGAAUAUGGGGAUGGGAGGCUACGGGGGCGAAGCCGAUAACUGGAACGGACAGCAAUCAUGGAAUGUCGGCCAAGAUAAUUACAAUCAUCCAAGCGCUUCUGGCAUGGGCAAUGGUGAUUUUGGCUCGUUUAACUCUGGCUUCCAGACAGGAUUCAAUCAAGGUAAUUAUGGCCACCAGAACCAGUUCAAUGACUAUCGCCGGAAUCAGUACGGGUUCCGCGGUAGGGGUCGAGGCCGUGGUUACGGAUACGGAUUUGGCCGCGGAGGCUACCAGCACGGGUACGGCGCAGGCGGCAACUGGAAUGACCAACAAGCGAACCACGGCCAGGCGUAUCCAAACGGGCAGAGCGACUACAACGGCAGUGCUGAUGGGAACAAUGCGGAUGCCAGCGUCGACGAAUUCGGGCGUUCACUCCGCAAUGACGCCGGGCAGGAAGGGAGUGGCAAGCAAGGUGGCGAGGUUGAAGGAAGCGGUGCUGCCCCGGGAACUGCGAAUCAGGGCCCAAGUGAGGGCGAUGGCGCCGCAGACGGUGCUCCUCCGCGCCCGAACCCGGACGUGCCCAUCAACGCGCCCAAGGGGCCGAAGGCGAUGGUGCGCGGACUGCCCAAUACGAGCUACAAACUCCUCCAAGCUAGAGGCUGGGUUGAUGAUGACAAGCCGUCGACGCCGACCAGCGCCACGGGGCAGGAAUUUGACCGCGCCGGGUCGCGGAGUAGUUCUGUGCAUGUCUCGCAGCACGGCCGACACCCCAGUGAGCGUUACCGAGAUAGGAGCAGGGAGCGCGAUUACAGCGAUCGGGACCGCCACCGCGACCCUGAGCGAGACCGCACGAGAGACCGGGAGCGGUCGUCGAGCAGGAGCAGGAGUCGCAGCCGCAGCCGCAGUCGUAGCCAUGAGCGCAGGGAUCACCGGCGCAGCAGUAGGCGGCACCGGUCGUACUCGCCCGAGUACGAGGAACGAGAAAGCGAAGACGACCGCCGCGGCCACAGGUCUUCUCACCGCAGGAAGCACUCAACAUAUGGCGCGGACGAGCGCGAAUCGAAGUCCCGCCGGGACGAGCAGCAGCAGGACGGUCGGUCGCGGUCUGCAUCCCCUGUUGGCGACGAGUCUCAGCGGCGGUCGAGCCACCGAAGCAGCCGGCGGGAGCGCGAGUCGGAGAAGCGCCGGGACCGAGACAGGGAGAAGGACCGCGACGAUCACCGGCGCAAAUCGCACCGGUCUCACCGCGAGCGGGAUAAAGAUCGAGACCGCGAAAGGUCGCGGGACAGGGAGCGGGACCGCCACAGGGACCGCGAUCGUGAUCGUGUCCGUGACAGGGAUCGUGACAGGGACCGGGACCGGGAGCGAGACAAGGACCGCAAGGAACGGCGGGAUCGCGACCGCGACCGCGAUAGAGAUCGUGACAGAGACCGUGACCGGGACCGGGACCGCGACAGAGACAGAGACAGGGAGAGCCGGCGAGACCGUGACAAAGACCGUCACCACCGAAGCAACAAGACAACAACCGCCGGCUCCGCUGCCCAUGAACGCGCCUCUUCCGCCACCGACAACGCGGACAACGACAACAACCUCAACAAUGCCAACAAUGCCAACAAUACUAACGGCCACGACAAUGACAACGAGAUCAAACCCCCAGCCGCCCCGCGCACCUCCGCAAGCGGUGCCCGCAGCCUCGGCCUCGAAAUCAAGGGUGCCGCCUCAGCGUCAGCAGCCGACAGCCGCCGUUCCUCGCUCGCCACACCCACAGCCAGCACCCCGGCCCACAACAAUACCGCGACCUCGAGCAACACAGCCGACCCGCACGCGGCGGAACGUGCAGCACGCGACAGGGAGCGCCUGCUCCGCGAGACAAGACGCAUGGCGAGUCUGACUGGGCUGGCUGCUGCUGCUGCUGCUGCUGCAGGGUCCAAGCGAAGCCGGGAUGUUGGAGGGGGCGACGACGAGGCGGGGGCCAGGAAGUCCAGUCGACGCAGGGUUUCGAGGCGUGGUGCGGAUGAUGAUCGUGAGGGGGAGGAGGAGAGGAUGAGGAGGUUGGAAGAGGAGCGGGAGAAGGCUCGGUAUGAAUGAGACCACUUGGUAAGAUCUGGAUGCGGUGGGUUUUGGUAAACAAAAGAGGGUGGAGGGGAGGUUCAGCGCAGGAUUGACAGCGGGGAAAGGUUUAGAUUUGGCAUGAGCAAAGAAAGAGGAACGCGUUGAUCAUCGAAGCUCGCAUUGCGCUGCAUGUAAUCUGUCUAUGUACAAGUUCAAGUUUGCCUUGUGGGGGGUUGUGCUUAUGUAGAGUCUCGUCUGAUUAGACAAAGGGCUGGUAUGUUGAGUCCGCUGGGAUGAACUUGCCUCGGGUAACCGAGGUAGGUAGGUGCCUACGUACGAUAGCUUGUCCACUCCGCUUUUAAUUCGAGAUGUUGUUCUCUAUUGCUAAGCAGUUGGGAGUCGUCAACCGGACCAGAACACCCAUAUUUAUGGAACUGUGGGCU